AUGGCACCGGAGAGGAAGGGGCUUUCUGUGAAGGAGGCUUUUUGGCUGGCGCAGAAGCCACACCAGAACCAGGCGAAGCUGGUGGUGGCGCUGAGCCGCACGUAUGGCAUGACCGAUGAUAAAACCGCGUUUCAGGAAGAGUUUGUUCAUUACCUUAAGUAUGCUAUGGUGGUAUAUAAACGUGAGCCUGCUGUGGAGAGGGUCAUAGACUUCACAGCCAAAUUUGUUACUUCAUUUCACCAGUCUGAUCAGGAAGAAGACGAAGAGAAAGAUGGUGGCAUUUUAAAUUAUCUGUUUACUUUUCUCUUAAAGUCUCAUGAAGCAAACAGCAGUGCAGUCAGAUUUAGAGUAUGCCAGCUCAUUAAUAAACUUCUUGGGAAUAUGCCAGAAAAUGCCCAAAUUGAUGAUGAUGUGUUUGAUAAAAUUAAUGAAGCCAUGCUUACUAGAUUGAAGGAUAAGAUUCCAAAUGUAAGAAUACAAGCGGUUUUGGCUCUUUCUCGACUCCAAGAUCCCAAGGAUGAUGAUUGCCCGGUAGUUGAUGCAUAUGUUACUUUGAUUGAAAAUGAUUCAAAUCCAGAAGUUAGGCGUGCAGUGUUAUCCUGUAUUGCACCGUCAGCGAAGACUUUGCCAAAAAUUGUGGGACGCACAAAGGAUGUAAAGGAGUCUGUCAGAAAGCUGGCUUAUCAGGUGUUAGCUGAGAAAGUUCACAUGAGAGCUAUGUCCAUUGCUCAGAGAGUACUGCUCCUUCAGCAGGGCCUUAACGACAGAUCAGAUGCUGUGAAACAAGCCGUGCAGAAGCAUCUUCUCCAAGGCUGGCUGCGUUUCACUGAAGGAAGUAUUUUAGAAUUGCUUCAUCGGUUAGAUGUGGAAAAUUCUUCUGAUGUGGCAGUCUCCGUUCUCAAUUCGUUAUUCUUAGUGACUCCUCUCAGUGAGCUGGUGGGAGUUUGUAAAAAUGAUGAUGGCAGGAAGUUGAUUCCUGUGGAAACAUUAACUCCGGAAAUUGCUUUGUACUGGCGCACCCUUUGUGAAUAUUUGAAAUCAAAAGGAGAUGAAGGUGAAGAGUUUUUAGAGCAGGUUUUACCAGAGCCUGUAGUAUAUGCAGAAUAUUUACUGAGUUACAUCCAGAGCUUUCCAGUACUUAGUGAAGAACAGAGAGGUAAUUUUACCUGCAUUGGAAAUUUGAUGACAAGAGAAUUCAUAGGUCAUCAAUUGAUUCUAAUUAUAAAAUCUUUGGAUACCAGUGAAGAAGGAGGAAGGAAACGACUGCUGGCAAUUUUGCAGGAGACUCUUAUUCUGCCCACAACCCCAAUAUCCUUAGUUUCUUUUAUUAUUGAGAGACUCCUCCACAUCAUCAUAGAUGAUAAUAAAAGGAUACAGAUUGUCACAGAAAUUAUCUCAGAGAUUCGUGCACCUAUCAUUACUGUUGCUGUUGAUCCAUCUGAUACAAGAAAGAAAGAACUCAAAAUGGCUGAAAUAAAAGUUAAGCUUAUUGAGGCUAAAGAAGCUUUGGAAAAUUGCAUUGCUGUACAAGAUUUUGAUCAGGCAUCAAAGUUAAAAGAAGAAAUAAAAACACUGGAAGAUGCCAGAAUAAACCUAUUAAAAGAGACAGAGCAACUUGAAAUUAAAGAAGUCCACACGGAAAAGAAUGAUGCUGAGACAUUACAGAGGUGUCUUGUUUUGUGCUAUGAACUGUUGAAGCACAUGUCUAUUUCAGCUGGGAUUGGCGCGACUGUGAAUGGGAUCGUUGAGUCUUUGAUUCUUCCUGGAAUAAUAAGUGUUCAUCCUGUAGUAAGAAAUUUGGCUGUUUUGUGUUUGGGAUGCUGUGGACUACAGAAUCAGGAUUUUGCAAGUAAACACUUUAUGUUACUCUUACAGGUUUUGCAGAUUGAUGAUGUCACAAUAAAAAUAAGUGCUUUAAAGGCAAUCUUUGACCAACUGAUGACAUUUGGAAUUGAACCAUUUAAAACUCAGAAGGUUAACGCCAGUCAGUAUGAAGGUGCAGAAAUAAACAGUUAUGAUGAACAAGAAGCAGAAGAUGUCACAUCUAAGAAUAUUCUGAAGCUCCUUUCUGAUUUCUUAGAUAGCGAGGUGUCUGAACUCCGGACAGGAGCUGCAGAAGGACUAGCCAAACUGAUGUUCUCUGGGCUUUUGGUCAGCAGCAGGAUUCUUUCUCGUCUUAUUUUGUUAUGGUAUAAUCCUGUAACUGAAGAGGAUGCUCAACUUCGUCAUUGCCUAGGCGUGUUUUUCCCCAUGUUUGCUUAUGCCAGCAGGACUAAUCAAGAGUGCUUUGAAGAAGCCUUUAUUCCAACUCUGCAAACACUGUCCAAUGCCCCGGCAUCAUCUCCUUUAGCUGAAGUAGAUGUCACAAAUGUUGCUGAGUUGUUUGUUGAUCUGACAAGACCAAGUGGAUUAAAUCCUCAGGCAAAGAUUUCCCAAGAUUAUCAGGCUUUAUCUGUACAUGACAACUUGGCUAUAAAAAUUUGUAAUGAGAUCUUAACAAGUCCAUGCUCACCAGAAAACCGGGUUUAUACAAAAGCUUUAAGUUCCAUAGAACUCAGUAGCAAUGUCACAAAAGAUCUCCUGCUUCUAUUAGAUGAGAUUCUGGAGCAAGUAACUGAUAGGAUAUGUCUGAGAGCUUUGGAGAAGAUCAAGAUUCAUUUAGGAAAAGGAAGUAAAGAAUUUGACCAAGCUGUGGUAGCACAGGAUGUCAACACAACUACAGAUGUUCUUCAGAAUGAAAAUGAAGAAUAUAUGACUCCUCAGAAGGAUGUACAAGGAACUCCAGCCCCCAAAUCUACACAACGAAAGACUACCAGAGGUCGUAGAAAAGCACCAGUUUCAUCUAAGACCAACAGGAGAUGCCAGACUGCUGAGACUGACUCUGAAAGUGAUCAUGAUGCUCCAGCACCACCAUCGGAAAUGAAGAUGAGAUUACCCAGACGAGCCAAAACAGCUGCGCUAGAGAGAAAUAAACUUAACUUCUCACAUCUUAAUGAAGAUCCAAGUUAAGAAAGCUGAUAGGAUGGAGUCCAUUGAAGUUGUGCUUAUUUCUUUGCUUUAAUAGUUAUUAUGAUAAAAUCAGAAAUCCUGCUAUGCUUCUGGAAACAUGGAAGGAGGCCAUGGAUCCAGAUUUGUUUCUAUUAGAAUGGUACCUGCUUUUAAACAGGCUUCCUAGUGAACCUGAUGACUCUUAAGACAUUUUGGAAAGAUUUAUGAUUAGCCCAGUAGCUUGUAUUUGAGAAGCUUAGAGUAGAUGUAACAUAGGUGAAUAUGUCAGACACCAAACAAAUGGCAUUUGAAGAGUGAAGUUCUUAUAGCUAUACAGAAAACUGUGUAUUACCCUUGACUGGUAUAAUGAACAAAAGCAUUCCUUAUUUACAUUAAACAAUGGCUUUGCAAAUUAUAUCAUUCUUAUAAUGGGUAUUUAUUUUGUAACUCUACCUCAAUGAAUAAUUUCUCUUUCUAAAUCUUUCCAUAUAGAAACACUUGUUUAUGAAUGUUUCUGGAUUAGGGAGGUGUCCACAAACACAUUAAUCAUGAAGGUAGAUUGGGUCUUGGCACAUCAAAAUAUAUUCUACUUUGAAUAAUAAACAAUACAAAUGGGAAAUGAAAGUUAUAACAAGUCAUCUUUAUGUACUGAUUCAUGAGCACAAUGUUUACACUGUUAAUUUCAGGUAUCUUUUGAAAAUGUCACUAUUAUAAAACAAAGGUUUUGAAACUUAAAUUGUAUAAAAGUAGUCAUUUUUCUUUUUGCCAUACCCAAAGAAACACCUUUUAUUAUUCCUAAUGAUGAGCUUUUGCUUUAUUUUGGAUAAAAAUGUCCUAACAUGAAUUUUUAUUAAUUGUGCUUCUUUAAAUUUAUUUACUGGAGGCCAUUUAUUUCAGCUGGUGUUCUGAGAUGGAAUGAAGGUGAUAUUGUUCGUUUUUUAGAACCAAAAGGCUUUUCUAUAUACAUAAUAUGUGCUUUAUAGAACUCAGAAAAGGAGUUAAAGUUACAAAACAAGAAUGCGUAUUAAGCAAAAGAAAAAGGCAGAUAUGGUAAUGAUAUAAACCAAUGAAAAACACUGUUGUUCUUUAUCUCUUGGCUCUGUGUCUUUUCCUGUGCUUCAUGUUCCUUAUUGUUAUAGUUCUUGUUAAAUCCCUGUCUUAAAAUAAAUUUGUGGGAAAUAAAAAGUAAGCAGGACUAAAAUGGUAAAUAGCACGAUUUAAGGGACAGCCUUUAGGAAUGAACUGUGAUCACUUAUACAUAUACAGAGUAUCCAAAAGGAAAGAAGCUAUGAUCACGUAGACACUGUACCAAAGCUUGCUUUUCUCCUGAC